CACAGCUCCAGAGGUGACCCCAGUUACUCUCUGGGCUGGUGUCCCGAGCCUGGGGCUCGCGUUCCUUCCCGUCUACCCACACACACGUCAGGGCUGCUAUCUCGACCCCACACACUUGACAGAGAUAGUCCCUCCUUUGGGGGUGGGAGGGAGACUGAGUCACAGAGCAGAGACACCAGCGCAGCCCCUGCAAGCUGUCCCCAGGGAGAUUACAGGUAUCAGUGGGCCCAGGCCAGGCAGUUGGCAGGCAGGGCGUGUCGGGACCCAGAUAGGGUCAUGCCCAGGGGAACGUGGCCCAGGCAUCCUCCCCAGGGAUGCCCCCAGUGCUUCCAAGGAAGAAAGAGAAAACUAGCAACAGCCAGCAUUCAUGUGUGGUGAUGGCACCCCACACACUCCCGCCCCCAGCCCUGUGACAAUCGUGCUGGCAGUGUGUAGUUGUGCCAAGCCAGGUUAUUCUUGCCCAAGGUACCGGGGGACGGUGGACAGCCAUAACAUGCGCUCAGACCUGUGUGUCUCCCAUAGAAAUAGGGCAUGAGUUACAGAUGCAAGCAAACUUUCCUCGUAGCCAUAUUCUAAAAAGUGAAAUUAAGUUUAAUAUUUUGUUUAGUCCCAGAAACUAUCGUUUCAACAUGUGAUUGAUCUAAAGAUAAAUAAUGAGAGAUUUUGUGUUCUUUCAACUGGUGCUAAGGCUUUGAAAUCAGGGUGUAUUUUAUAGUGUGGCACAUCUCAGCUGGGACUGGUCACAUUCCCAGGCCCAGCUGUCACGGGGAACUUGGGGCUGCACCCUCGGGAGGGGCAGGCUGGUGGGAAGGAGUGAACAGUGCAGAGCAGAUCCGUCCAUGUCACAAUGGGAAUUUUCUUCAGUUUUAUCCACAGAUGCAGGGGAUUGGAUGCAGAACUGUGGCUAUUUGACCAUUACCUGGGCCUGGGGCUCAGGAGGAGGUCCUGGCUGGAGGCCAGGGGAGGAGGCCUGGAGAAGAGGCCAGCAGAGGAGGCCCGGACUGAUCCCAGCCCUGCAGCUUCCCAGCUCUGGGACCUCAGGGAAGUCACUGCACAUGUCUUCUUCUGUAAAAAGAAAGUAAUCAUCCCUGUCCCAAAGGGUUGGUAUCAGAUUGGACACCAUAAUAUGGAAAUAGUAAGUCAGCACGAAUGUGCUUAUGUCUGUUAUCUUCGGGGCUGCGUUUUGUGAUUCUGUCAACACGAGUCAUUCACAUUGCAGUUUCUUGCCUUCUCUCACCUGAAGUUAGAAAGUAAACUUGAAGCACAAAGCGACCCAGCGUCCUCCUGUCUGUGGACACUGGCUCUGGGGCUGGUGGGGUGCGAGCAGAGGAGGCCAACCUGGGCAGAGGAGGGGCCCCCAAGAGCAUCUCCGCCCUGGCCUGGACUUUGCCGCCCUGGACACACCUCAGAGCCAGAGGUUUAUGGCUCCCACCUGCCCCGCUGGACAGGGAGCAGAAUUUCCUCCCCAGGGCUCUCCGACCCCAUGCUCCAGGGAGUGGUUCCAGGAAACUGUGCUCAGCUCCCCAGCCCGGGAACAGAGAGCAGGCUGACCAGGCUGGGAAAUGCUGGGUGAUUCGAGGUGCGCUGGAGUUUGAACCCACUCAGCUGAGGGUGGUUCCAGGGAAGCACAGGUGGCUUCCCGUCUCAGCCUCCCGUUGUCUUCCCUCCGUGACUCACGCAAAAGUGACUCAUCUCGGGAAAGGGUAUUCGUGCGGCCUGAGGCAGAGGCCUCAGUGGACAGGCUGGGGAAGGCACCGUGAUGCCCUCAGCCCCUUCCCAUGAGGACACAUGUCCUGCCUGCAAGGGACCCCCAAAGGACGCAGUGACUGCCACCUGUGGACACACCUUCUGCCGGCUGUGCCUCGUCCCGCCCUCCGAGAUGGGGGCCCAGGCCUCCUGCAAGGUCCUGCUCUGUCCACUGUGCAAGGAGAAGGGGCACACAGACCCUGUCACGGUCCCCGUGCCGCUGGGCACUCUGGAGGAGAUGCACUGUGAGGAGCACGGGGAGAAGGUCUGCUUCUUCUGUGGGCAUGAUGCUGAGCUCCUCUGCACGCGCUGUCGAGAGGGCCCCUCCCACCACACCCACACCGUGGGCUUCUUGCACGGUGCCGGUCAGCCCUCCCAGUCUUGCAGGGACUUCAGCUCUAGCCUCAGAGGCCCCUCGGUGAUGGACACUAAGAACCAUCUCUCUCAUCAUCCAGCCACCAGGUCUACAAGUGAUUUCUCAGAGGCACCUCCUGAGUCUUUAACUAGGCCUUAUCCACACAACCACCACCAAAUCCAGGCUCUCGGCGCUUCACCCAGACAUUGGACAGCCUUGGACGUGGUCCCCACCUCCACUCUCUCCAUCUCCAGUCACCCUCCAGUCCUCCACGAGGACAGUCUCAGGACUCAGCUGGAAGCCCUGAGGGUGGAGAGAGAAGAGACUGAGGAUAUAAAGAGUCAGGAAGACCAGAAGCUCCAAAUGCUUCUGGCUCACAUGGAAAGCAAGAAGCAGCUGGUGGCAGCUGUGUUUGAGAAGUUGCAGCAAGAGCUGAGGGAGCAGCGGGGCCUCCUGCUGGCCAGGCUGAGUGCUCUGGAGGUGCAGAUCUGCAAGGAGCGAGAAGAAUACAUCUCCAAGUUCUCCAAGGAGGUCGCCAGGUGUGGAGCUGAGGCCAAGGGGCUGGAGAAGUGUCAGCAGCCGGCAAGUGUCCUGCUACAAGAUGUCCGAGUCAGCCAGAGCAGGUGUGAGAAGAAGACUUUCGUGAGUCCAGAGACCAUUUCCCCUGCCCUUGUCGAGAAGAUCCGCGAGGUCCACAGGAAAAUCCUGCCCCUCCCAGGGAUGCUGAGGACCUUCUCAGAAAGCCUGGUGCAUCAUCUGGAAACAGACUCAGGGACCAGGACUCGGGACCCUCCGGGCGCCAGCUGGAGCACGGCCCUCUCCGAGGACAGGAAGCCGACGAGGUUCACCCGGAGCCCGCAGGACCCGCCUCACUGCCGCGGAGCUCCGAGGGUGUCCCAGCCGUGCGCCCCCGCGGGCAGAGUGUCCUAAUCGAGUGUACGAACCAGCCAGACGCUGAAGUCAACGGACUCUGACCACGACACAAUCCUGUUCCUCCUUUUAACUCCGAGUUUGCCUGAUGGCAGUGGAACCAGACCCCACCGUUCAAUAAAAUGACAUUUGACUUCAGGUCUAA